GCUCCAGUCACAGAAGAACUCUCUGUGCUUAGCGGGCGGCUUAUCCAGCUCCAGCUACCAGCAAUGGCGCCCUGCCGGCAGACCUUCGCCCGCUACACCAUGGCGCUGCUGUUUGCUGCGGCUGCUGUCUCAGCGCAGCUCUCCACCGACUUCUACGGUGAGACAUGCCCCGACGCGCUGGACAUCAUUGAGUCCGCCGUGAGAGCCGCUAUCUCCAAGGAGUCCCGCAUGGGGGCCUCCCUGCUCCGCCUCCAUUUCCACGACUGCUUUGUCAAUGGCUGUGACGGGUCAGUGCUGCUCGACGACACCACGGGCUUCACCGGCGAGAAGACGGCGAAGCCGAACAAGAACUCGCUCCGUGGGUUCGACGUGGUUGACGACAUCAAGGCGCAGCUCGAGGACUCCUGCCAGCAGACGGUCUCCUGCGCCGACAUCCUCGCCGUCGCCGCCCGCGACUCCGUCGUCGCCCUCGGUGGGCCUACGUGGGACGUGGAGCUCGGCCGCCGUGACGGGACGACGGCGAGCCUGGACGACGCGAACAACGACCUCCCGGCGCCGACCCUGGACCUCGGCGACCUCAUCAAGGCCUUCGCCAAGAAGGGCCUGAGCGCGAACGAAAUGAUCGCGCUGUCGGGCGGGCACACGAUCGGGCAGGCGCGGUGCGUCAACUUCCGCGGCCGCCUCUACAACGAGACCACCAGCCUGGACGCGUCGCUGGCGUCGUCGCUGAAGCCGCGGUGCCCGAGCGCGGACGGCACCGGCGACGACAACACGUCGCCGCUGGACCCGGCCACGUCCUACGUCUUCGACAACUUCUACUACAGGAACCUGCUGCGGAACAAGGGCCUGCUCCACUCGGACCAGCAGCUCUUCAACGGCGGCUCCGCGGACACGCAGACCACCUCCUACGCGUCCGACAAGGCCGGCUUCUUCGAUGAUUUCCGCGACGCCAUGGUGAAGAUGGGUGCCAUCGGCGUCGUCACUGGGUCCGGAGGGCAGGUCAGGCUGAACUGCCGGAAGACGAACUAAAUGCAUGGCCGGUGUCAGGUUUGGUAGUGUUGUGAUGGGAGUGAUCAGUGCGUGUAGUGUGUUGUGGUCUACAGAAGUGCAGAGUUAUCUGUUCCUUCUAUGAUGGCGUAGUCUGCUUCGAACGGUUGUAGUACUACACGAAUAAAACGAAUGAUAAGACUGGUUUUGGAUC